CGCUAAGCGUACACAGCACACGCGGGCUUCCCUCACUGCCUAAGCGAAGGCAUUAACCCGCCUCACGCGCAAUGGGUGAGGCAGCGGCGGACGAGCGCGGCCUCGCCGCCGGCGUGGAGGACGAGGAGGAGGAGACGUCGCCGAUCGAGGAGGUGCGGUUGACGGUGCCGGCCGGCGACGACCCGACGCUGCCGGUGUGGACGUUCCGGAUGUGGAGCAUCGGGCUGCUGGCCUGCGCGCUCAUGAGCUUCCUCAACCAGUUCUUCUCCUACCGCACCGAGCCGCUCAUCGUGACGCAGAUCACGGUGCAGGUGGCGUCGCUGCCGCUGGGCCACUUCAUGGCCCGCGCCCUGCCGCGCCGCGCCUUCCGGGCGCCCGCGGCGCUCGGCGGCGGCGAGUGGAGCCUCAACCCGGGCCCCUUCAACAUGAAGGAGCACGUGCUCAUCUCCAUCUUCGCCAACGCCGGCUGCGCCUUCGGCAACGGCAACGCCUACGCCGUCAUGAUCGUCGACAUCAUCCGCGCCUUCUACCAGCGCUCCAUCUCCUUCAUCGCCGCCUGGCUCCUCAUCAUGACCACCCAGGUGCUUGGGUACGGAUGGGCGGGGCUGAUGCGCAAGUACGUGGUGGAGCCGGCGCACAUGUGGUGGCCGAGCACGCUCGUCCAGGUCUCGCUCUUCAGGGCACUUCACGAGAAGGAAGAGCAGCCCAACGGUUCACGCCAGAUCUCCCGCUCCAAGUUCUUCCUGGUGGCGCUCAUCUGCAGCUUUGCAUGGUACGCCGUACCGGGUUACCUCUUCCCAACGCUGACAUCCAUCUCAUGGGUGUGCUGGGUCUUCUCCAAGUCCGUCACGGCGCAGCAGCUGGGAUCCGGCAUGAAAGGCCUGGGCAUUGGCGCCUUCACACUCGACUGGACGGCUGUCUCAUCCUUCCUCUUCAGCCCGCUCAUCUCGCCCUUCUUCGCCACUGCCAACAUCUUCAUCGGCUUCGUGCUCUUCGUCUACGUGCUCAUUCCCAUAUCGUACUGGGGCUUUGACCUGUACAAUGCCAAGACAUUCCCCAUCUUCUCUUCACACCUGUUCAUGUCCAACGGCACGGGCUAUGAUAUCACAGCCAUCGUGAACGACAAGUUUCAGCUUGAUCUGGAUGCUUACAAUAAGCAUGGCAGGAUCAACCUCAGUGUAUUUUUCGCACUCGCUUAUGGGCUCAGUUUUGCCACCAUUGCCUCCACUAUCACCCACGUCGGCCUCUUCUAUGGAAAGGAAAUAUACCACCGCUUCCGAGCUUCGCAGAAGGAGAAGCCUGAUAUCCAUACUAGGCUGAUGAAGAAGUACGAUGACAUACCAGGGUGGUGGUUCUACUCACUGAUGGCACUUUCGAUGACAGUGGCCCUUAUCCUCUGCACUGUCCUGAAGCACCAGGUCCAGCUUCCAUGGUGGGGUCUCCUCUUCGCCUGUGGCAUGGCCUUCAUCUUCACCCUUCCCAUCAGCAUCAUCACUGCGACAACCAACCAGACACCUGGUCUGAACGUCAUCACAGAGUACGCCAUCGGGUUGAUAAUGCCUGGUUAUCCCAUCGCUAAUGUUUGCUUUAAGGUGUAUGGUUACAUGAGCAUGUCUCAGGCUAUUGCCUUCCUCUCGGACUUCAAGCUUGGCCACUAUAUGAAGAUCCCACCUAAGUCCAUGUUCCUUGUUCAGUUCAUCGGUACAAUGGUGGCUGGCACAGUUAACCUUGGGGUGGCAUGGUGGUUGCUCGGCUCCAUAAAGAACAUCUGCCAGGACUCACUCCCAGAUGACAGCCCAUGGACGUGCCCCAACGACCGAGUCUUCUUCGAUGCAUCAGUCAUCUGGGGCCUUGUUGGCCCAAUGCGCAUAUUUGGACCACAUGGCAACUACGGUGCCCUCAACUGGUUCUUCCUAAUCGGUGCGGCUGGCCCUGUCAUUGUGUACAUCUUUCACAAGAUGUUCCCCAACCAGAAAUGGAUUAGACUGAUUAACUUGCCAGUGCUCAUCGGCGCAACAGCCAUGAUGCCACCGGCGACGGCUCUGAAUUACAACUCUUGGCUGCUUGUCGGAAUCAUCUUCAACUUCUUUGUGUUCCGGUACCAGAAGAAAUGGUGGGAGAGGUACAAUUAUAUUCUCUCCGCCGCGCUAGAUGCCGGUGUGGCUUUCAUGGGGGUGCUGCUGUACUUCUCGCUAUCCAUGGAGAACAAGAGUAUCAACUGGUGGGGCACGGCAGGAGAGCACUGCCCUCUGGCCACAUGUCCCACUGCGAAAGGUGUUGACUUGGGUCCAACAAGUGUUUGCCCUGUGCUCUAAGCCAAAUAGUUAUUCCAUGCUACAAGGUACAGCUGCAGGAAUAGUUAUGAUCCGUUCGAGUUAUGCUUAAAGUCAUUAGAUUUCUGGUGUAUGGAAGUAAAUCUUCUCAUAUGUGUAAAGGCCAUAGGUUGAUAGUGCAUUGCACACAAGGCAAAAAGAAUUGAAAACCGUUGCAACAAAAAUGUUGUAGUACACCAGAUCAUUUGGGCAAUGAAAAGGCAUAUGCUAGU